CUUCUUUAUAACCCCAUCCUCUCCUCUUCCUUAACCUCGCCAACUUCCUCUCUCUCUCUCUCUCUCUCUCUCUGCUUGCUUCCUGCAAAUGUCUCAUGUCCUAGAAAAGUCUCCUAAACACUGCGCCAAGCAAGGACUGAACAUCGACCAGCAUCACAAGAAGCUAUUCUUCUUCUUCUCCACGUUAUUCACCUCGAUUCUCUCACUUAUAUUAGUCAUCUGGCUCAUCUUACGCCCCUCAAAGCCUGACUUUUCCCUAAGAGAAGCUGACAUCUACCAGCUCAACCUCUCAGGCUCUCACCUUCUCAACUCCUCCCUCCAACUCACCCUCCUUUCCAAGAACCCUAACCAGAAAGUUGGCAUUUACUACGAUGAGCUUCAAGUUUAUGCCGAUUACAAGGGGCAACAGAUAACAACCUAUACCUCUCUUCCUCCUUUCUACCAAGGACAUCAAGAUAGUAAUCUGUUAACAGCUUCUUUGGUAGGAACAUGGCUGCCUGUGGCUCCAUCUUUUGGCUAUGAAGUUGGACGUGAUCAAACCGCCGGAAAACUAGUUCUGAGACUGAAGGUGAACGGCCGGCUUCGGUGGAAAGUGGGGACUUGGGUUUCCGGCAAGUACCGGUUCAAUGUGAAUUGUGUUGCAGUUAUGGCUUUUGGACCAGCCAUCCCAACAGGUCCCUUAACUUCAAAGCAGGGUUCUCACUGUGCUACUACGGUUUGAAUCAGCAAAAAUGAAUCGACUACAGUGAGUUGUGCUGCCUCUGUUUUUGGGUUUGUAUUGGGCUUGCUUUUAACCAAGUUUGCUGCUUAAUUCUAAGCUUUGUACAUUGGUUAUGAUUAUAAGAAUGAAGAUUUAUAAGCUUGUUUGGGGAUGUUAAUUAUCAUUGUAAGGAUUAUUCAUAGAAUGAAAAUUAAGCUUGUUUGUGAUGUUAA